AUGUCGCAGAUUCUCGCUUCCAACGAUGUCAACCCGCUCUGCCCCGUCUACGCUCCCUUCUUUGGAGCCAUGGGCGUGACGGCAGCCAUCGUCUUCACCUGUCUCGGCGCAUCAUACGGCACAGCCAAGUCCGGUGUCGGUAUCUCGGCCAUGGGUGUCUUGCGCCCUGACCUCCUCAUCAAGUGCAUUGUCCCCGUAGUCAUGGCUGGUAUCAUUGCCAUUUACGGCCUCGUUGUUUCCGUCCUCAUCUCCGGUGACCUCAAGUCGCCCAUGACCUUGUACUCGGGCUUCAUUCAGCUCGGCGCUGGUCUCUCCGUCGGUCUCUCUGGUCUCGCAGCAGGAUUCGCCAUCGGUGUUGUCGGCGACGCCGGUGUGCGUGGGACUGCGCAGCAGCCUAGGCUCUUCAUUGGAAUGAUUCUCAUUCUCAUUUUCGCCGAGGUCCUGGGUCUGUACGGGCUCAUCGUCGCCCUUAUUCUCAACACCCGUUCGCAGGACGCCCCGGCGUGCUCGUAA